AUGAAAAACCUCAAAGAACCAUAUUUAAACAAUUCCAGAUUAAAAAAAAAUAACAAAAUGUCUUCAAACGAUUCCAAGCUAGAACCUUCCAAUUUAAAUCGAAUCUCCUUACAACACAUGCUCGACCAUCAAAAACCUCUCCAUUUUACCUCACGCUAUGCCUAUUUAACAUUAUGGGGAGACGAGGUACAAAACAAAAUACAGUUCAAAGAAAUUAUUGAUAGAAUAGUAGGUCCAACAAACAACUUACAAUACGCCCACAUUUCUCCUGUGGAAAGGGAUGAAAUAAAUCCCAAUCCUCAUCAACAUUUAUUAAUUGUAAUGAAAAGACCGAAAUCAUUUAAUGCACGACCAAUAUUCAACCACAAAGAUGGAACUCAACAGAAAUUUUGGUAUUCUUGUGUGAAUUCUUAUACAUCACGCACUGGUGAUUUUUCCGCCAUUAUAAAGUAUAUAACAAAAAAAGGAGAAGGUUUACAUGAAGGAAAUGCUAAUACCAAAGACGAACUUAAACAGACGUGGAUAAAUGCGCUGAAUGACAUGGACUCAUACCACGAUUAUAAAGAGCUAGAAAAGAAUUUAAUGGAAAUAAAUGCGGAAAAAUAUAUACAACAAGAGGGCAAAAUAAAAUCUAGAUGGAUGAGAAAGAAUUCACGCCGAAUAGACAUGGAAAAUUAUACUAAAGAAAAUCUCCUUCCUUGGAAAGAAGAGCUAGAAGAAGUUAAAAAUAUAAGAAAAUGGAUUAAAUGUGCCAGUGGGAAUAAAUUUAGAAUGGGAAAUUUGUUUAUAGUCGGUCCCACUAAAACAGGCAAAACAGAAUUUGCCAUCCAAGAAAUUUUCAUGAAGUAUAAUACCUUUAUGCUUAGGGGAGAUUCUUUAUUUGACACCUACGACGACGAACAGCAAUACAAAUUCAUAAUAUUCGACGAUAUAAAUUACGACAAAAAUCUUCUCCGUUUAAUAAAAGCUUUAACUUCAGCAAUAAAUAAAAAGACCAUGGUUAACGUUAAAUACUCAAAAGCAGUAGUAACCGCACGUCCCUGUGUUCAUUUAUUAAAUUAUAAAGAAUACGAAGCGGUUUUAAAUUUAAUGAAAUUUAAUGGUGGUUAUAGUUGGUGGAGAAGAAAUUCGAUGACUAUAUUUUUAGACCAGAAAAUUUACAAAGAUCCAAAUGAAUCUCAAAAUGAAAUAGAAGAUAUGUCACAAGAAGAGAAAGAGUACGAUCCACAAAAAGAAUUAGACGAUAAAUACGAAGAAGUAAAAGAUUUACCCGAAGAAGACGAUACUUCGAUGAAUGAAAUUCCUUCAGAACACGUCAAAUUCCAAACACGAAUGACAAAUUUCCUAGAAGAAUUAGGCUACGACGAAGAGUUUUUAGAAAAUUUGAAUGAAAAAAUAAGAGAGGCAAAGAAAAAAGAUAGAACAUUAAAAAGAAAACUAGAUGAAUACCAAGAUGACAAUUCAAGUAUGUUAGAAGAGUGGAACGGAGAUAUAGAAGAAUAUCAAUCAGAUAAUCCACUCGGCCUAACAAGACAAGAGUAUAAAAAAUUCGAAGAAGAUGCAAUGAGCAAAUUCGAAAGAGAUCGAAAAGCUUAUUUUGACGAAAGAGCCAUCGAAGAAGAAAAUUCAGACGAUUAUGACGAUUAUGAUGAAUACGGAGAUGAAGAAAUGAACAAUCCAAUGGAACAACAACCACUCGGAGGAAACGGAAAUGAUCCAGACAUAAUUUAUGAUUAA